AUGCUGCGGGCCUGUGUCGCAUUCGGAGUUGCCCUCCUGGCUGCCAUUGCCUACCAGGGAAGGCGCCUUGGCAUGCGCCUUGGCUACCUGAAGGUUGCCUCGCUGGAGUUCGGGCCUGGGCACGGCAGCUUCGGGCAGCCGCCGGAGCCGCCCGACCGGUGUUGGAAGUCCGCUUUGGAAGCACCCGUCGAGGACUUGACCGUUCUGGACCAGAACCGUGGCCUCCUCCUCGGGGCCACCGGCCACGUCUGGGAGUGUGCCCUGCUGGGUGCCAAGAACAGCCGAGAAAACAGGAGCCACAGCAACCACGUGGUCUUAGUGGACUCAAAGAAGCAAGAAGUCAAGGCCCUGCAAGUUUUUAAGCACCUGCCAGGUCAGGGGCACGUUGCAUACACCAGCGAUCCGGCGGACCACGUGUAUCAUGGAAUUUUCUAUAGCAGCAGCUCCCGGCGGCUCUACGCCGUCUGCCACCGCGUGGCUUUCACGUCGGUCGAAGUCUUCUUGGUUCACGAAGGGAUGCCCAUGGGCUCGGAAGCCUCGGAAGGCUUUCAUGACUCUUUCUUUUUGGAACACCUAGAAACCGUAAGGUCUGCAGAGUUCCAGCGCGUGGCCUUGAACGACGUCGUGGAGGCUGCCCAGGACGGCAGCAGCUUCUUCGUGACAGAGUGGCUGGACCAUGACCAUGUUACCGGCUUUAGACAUUAUUCAGCAGGGCAGAUGAUGAGGCACCGGCUGACGCUCACGUUGAAAGCACGGCACACAAGACUGCUGAAGUGUCUCCGAACUGAGAUCGUGGGAAUGCCUUGGUCCUGUGCGGCCGCGACUGCAGAUCGAUUCGUGAUGGCGAAUGGUCUUGCGAUCACGCCGGAUCGUCGUUUCCUGUUCUUAUCAGAUCCGGCUGCAGGCGAGGUUGUGAUCUACCGGGUCGAGAGCGGGUCUGAAAGCUUGACAAAGGUUUUAAGUUUCAAUCCAAAGCAUGCCCUGGACAACCUGGAGGUCGUGGAAAGCGGCGUCGAACUGGAUGAGGUGGUCCUCCACGGGGGUUCGAUACCUACUCCUUUUACCAGUGGGACAGGUUGUGAGGGUGGCUUUGGCAUGACCUGGCCGAUCCAAGACCUCAAGGGGCGCUCAGGCUUCAUCGGUUGUCACCGGUCCCCGGGAGGGUUGCUGGAGAUUCGCGUCAGAGGCCUCAAGAGACAAGACGUGGAGGUCCAGAUGCAGGAUCGACUGCUGCAUGACGGCUCACUGCUGAGUGAUGUGAGCAGUGCCUUUUGCCUCGAUGGACGCGUCGUCGUUGGGAGCCCUGCGACGAGCGGGCUGCUCUUCUGCGACCUCUAG